AGUUUCACGCAUACAGUACACGCACCAAGCGCGACUCCGUCUCAUGACAGCGCUAGCGGAAGAACAACGGUCGCAGGCGGCCCUGCAGUUUCUCCUAUUAGACCAAGACUCCGACGGGUACAUCGCCAGCGAUCAACUCGGCGAGUAUCUCCGCACCGUCGGCCUCUACCCAACACCGUCGGACAUCGCAGGCUACCUCCCUAUCGUCGAUCCGCACGGCACGGGAAAAGUUGCCCAAGAGGAUGCGCUGCAGCUGGCGGAGCAGCUGUACCCGCAGCGCACCACGCCUGAAGAACUGCACGCCGCCUUGAAAGUGUUAGACGACGAUGCGGACGGCUACAUGACGACGGCGCAGUUGCGGCUAUUUCUGGUAAGCCUUGGCACGCGCCUGACGACCGAGGAGGCGGACGAAAUUAUUCAUGACGUAGAGAAGGAUGCCGAUGGGAUGAUCAACUUGGAGGACCUCGCGCAGAUGCUGAUGCCGCGAAACGCUGAGCGAAGCAUUUGA